AGCCAUUUUUGCUCAAGCGCCUGGAGCUUGGGCUCAAGAAUUGUCGGCCGACCCGUGCGCACUCCAGAUCUCCCAUCUGGACAAGGUCCUCCUCGCGUUGGGUCAGGCGUCCUCUGCCCCGCCCGUCCAGUCCUCCCCGGACGUGGACCCCGACGAUGCCCCAUACCGCUCCCCUACCAGGAUAACAUUAUGCUGCUGAGCGACUCGUAGAAGACAUCCCACUGUCGGCAGCACCCGCUAGGCACCACCGAAGUCUACUCGUACGUUGAGUCCCGCGGUGGUAAGUUCCCUGAGUUCUGCUUCUUCGGUCUCCAGUACUUUCUGAAGCGUUAUCUCCAAGGUGUUGUUGAACAUUGUCGCGAAGGACAGAAUUGAUGCCGCCAAAGAAGUUGUUAAUGCACACACGGGCCUGGGUGAGAUGAAGCAUUUCAACUGGGAGGGCUGGUAGUACAUCUUGAACAACCGCGGAGGCCGUUUGCCAAUCAAAAUCAAAGCGGUCCCCGAAGGUAUGAUCGUACCAGUAAAGACUGCGUUGAUGACCGUAGUAAACACAGAUUCGAAGUGCUUCUGGCUGACGAAUUACUUGGAGACCUUGCUAGUUAAGGUCUGGCAUCCCAUGACUGUAGCAACGCAGUCUCGAGAGCAAAAGAAGAACAUUCUUGAUUAAUUUCCUGCUCAAAACUGGAACGGAUCUUAAGAAUAUGCCCAACGAGCUACCGGCACCGCUAAAGCUGAUCAGCGUUGGUUACCAGCUCAACGACUUCGGCUGCCGAGGUGUCUCCUCCAUGGAGACGGCUGCGAUCGGUGGCGCGGGGCACUCAGUAAAUUUUGCAGGUGGUGACACAAUGCCAUGUCUCUGCUGCAUGGCGAUCGACUACUACAAGCAACCAUGAGCAGCAUGCAUCGGAACCUCUGUGCCAGCGGCGGAGCACUCAACGAUCUCCAGUUGGUGGCGGGAUGGCGAGAAGGAUGCUUUCAAGAAUAUGUUGGCGCAGCACCUGGAGGGCAUCGUCGCUGUGGCCUCGGAUUCACACAACAUCGACGAUGCUUGCGAAAAGCUCUGUGGCAAACAGCUCAAGGACCUUGCGGCGAGCCGCAAGGCACCUCCAGGCAAGCUCGUUGUCCGCCCUGAUUCCGGUGAGCCGAAGAGAAUCGCGGUGGAAGUCCUCGACAGGCUUGCCAAGAAUUUCCCCCCCACAAAGAAUGCCGCAGGCUUCAAGGAGCUGCUGCCUAACAUUCGCGCCAUCCAGGGCGACGGCGUCUCGAUUGAGUCCUUGCAUGAUAUCCUGGAGGACAUGUCAAAACACAAAUGGGCGGCCACGAACGUCUGCUUUGGCUCUGGCGGGGCUCUGCUCCAGAAGAUGGACCGCGACACGCGGAAGUGCGCGUUCAAGUGCUGCGAGGUCAUCGUCGAUGGCAAGCCGCGCCCGGUUCACAAGGAUCCCGUAACCGAUCAGGGGAAGAAGUCCAAACAGGACAGGCUGAAGCUAGUCCGUCAAUAUGGAAAGAUCACUACGCUGACUGAUGGGGAGGGUGCGGAGGAGGAUGACCUGCUCGUGGCGGUGUCCUGCAACGGUAAAGUGACGAAGACGUUCGACUCCGGUGCGGUCCGCACGGAAGCUGAGAAAGGCAUGGUUGUCCCAAUCUUCGAUGUGAAGAUGUAGAGCAGCUGCCCCACAUACGUUCUUGCCUCCUCAUGCUUCCAGAGCUGGUGCAGUGGGGGCGUUGGGCCAAAGGCGUCCUCGCCACAACUCUCCCAGCUCGGCCCAGGCGCCCCCCGAUCGUAAAUGGGGCCUCCCCCGGCUGCACAACGCAGCAGGCCAACAGAGCGUGAAUGGGUUUCUUCCUCCUUUUUCUUCUCCUCCUCCUUCUCCUAUCGUGCUGUGCUACUGCAUCGUCGUAUUGGGUGGAUCACUGCAGUGGACGGAACUUUGCCAAGCGAUGUCUUGGGAGCUGGCCGCUCUAAUAUCGGAUGCAGGCCUAAGGCCCCGUCGUGCCCGAGCGAGGAGUCCUAGGUGGCUGCGGAGGCGGCCCUGCCGCUUGGUGAAACUCCCUCGUCGACCCCAGUUCGGCUGAGGCGGCCGUGGCAGGACGUGGCUCACCCCAUCUUGUUGCCAGGACAAGAGCAAAGGAUGAGUUCUCAAGACAAUGAACAGGUGGUUGCCAGCAGUUCUUCGACCUUGCCAGCGGCGAGUUCGACGACGGCUCCGAGGGCGAGACGCAGGAUUGUUGGCAAGACUACGGUAAGCUACCCCCCUGCCAGGCGAGGGGUUAGGCCUGAGAGUGCUGAAGAUGCAGGAUUAUCCCCAGCCAGGCGGAGGGUUAGGCCUGAAGCUGCUGACAAUGGGCACAUGGUGGAGGCUCCUGAAGGGCCCAGAGGGCAUGAAACACAGCGGGUGGUAUCCUCGGGGGGCCUCACCAGUGACAGAGUGUCGGCGGCGUUGCAAUGCGUGAGUUCCCCAGCCAGGCGAGGGGUUAGGCCUGUCGUGCGCACCAACUUGGACGAUGAGGAGGACCCGUUCGACCAGCGCGACGAAGUAUUCCGCGACGGCGAGAUGGUGCACUAUUAAUGGUGUGUCAGAGGUGCAGCUCUGAGUUCGAGAACUCCCAAGAGCUGCAGAAGUGCGCGGACUCCGACCUGGUGGUCCCCGAGUUCGGCAUCGUGCUGAAUUUCAGCGAUGUCGUCUUCCUCUUCCUCUGAGAGGGGGCGCGGCUGCCGUCGUUGGCGGUCGCGACGGAGCGCGGAGCGGCCAGACCGCCCGCGUUCGGCCCCUGGGGCAGACCCGCGUCUCGCGGCCCGUCUCAUCUCAUCUCCUCCUUCUCCUCCUGGUCCUUCCGAACGAUAGCUGCUCGUCUGCCUCUCCCGCUCCGCUAAUUUUGGCUUUUUGACCUCCCCCGCCCACGGCCGGGAGGCAAUGGAGGAUAAUGGAGGGUCCGGCGCUUUUGCCUCGACUCUGCGGGGCGCGCGAGGCCGCGCCUGCUUGCGCAGGCGCGUCGUUUGCGAACUGGCUCGUCAGCAGCUGCCUGAAAGCACGGUUUCCCAUCAGUUGGGGAGCAUCAGUAUCGUUUAACCGAUCCCCAUCCCCAUGCUCAUCCCCUUCGAUCGCCCCCGCGACCCACGCCUGAACUCCCCACCCCCCCUGGCCGGAUUUCUUCUCUUCCUUCCGCGGGGGGUCCACCUUCGCGGUGACCCGUUAAACCCUGGACCCCCGGCGGCGCAUGGAUUUUGUUUUUUCUUCCGCGCGCGCAUUGCCGCUGGAACCCUUGAACCCCUCGGGAUAUAGAGAACGCCGAGCACUCGAGUGCAAUUGGUGCCAUCAUGUGCUAGCGCACAGUUGUUCCUAGAGCGCACCUGGUCCUGCAGUACACCUGGUCCUAUUGAUCUGCGAUUGAGUCGUGUCAGGA